UCCGUGUUGGAAUCGAGGCAGAUGCUGUUGUUCUCUGCGUUCUUUUUAUGCCUGAUCCCUGUAUGUAGUAUAAUUUUUUUGGCCCCUCUAGGUUUGUUGAAUAGUGUGGCGGAGAGUUGGUGACUGACACUGCGGGUAAGGUCAGCGAUGCGGUUAAGUUGUUACGGUACCCGGCUGAGGUGUGGCAAGCGGAGCUCAUGUUUCGAGGAGUCUACUUGUUGGAUUUUAUUUUACUUUAUUUUAUUUUAAAAAAAUUAAUAAUAUAUUUUUAACAUUUUUAUUGUGUUUUAUUUUAUGAUUUUCCCCUUUUCCCUUUCUUCCUGAGGUGGUGAAUGAGUGAUUGUGAGGGUGAUUGAAGCUUUGGAUGGUGAUGUAGGGUUUCUUUUUUCCGGACAGUGGUGUAGGUAACGAAGUAGUUGAGGUGUAAGAGUCGGUUUGGUUUGAUUGCUUGUCAGUGAUUGAAGUGUGAGGCGAUUCGGUUCCGUGACUGAAAUUCGUGUCAUCGAGGGGGCUACUGUUAAGGACUUGGUUGCAUUUCUCGUCUUGUUGGGAUCUGGAAUGCGAGGACGAAGUGUCGUGUUCGGGAGUAAGGGACGGGGCUUGUGUCGGAUCCUGACUUAGUCGAUGCGGUGGGAUGGUUUGAGAGGGUAGAGGCAGGCGAAGAGAGGCAGAGAGGGCUUACCUUGCUUCGGGAGAAAAUCGGUGUGGAGUUACUGGUGAUUCUUGGCAUCGCGGGGCGGGGGGUGCUUCGCGGUUGAAUUUUAGAAGGCGAGUUUGGGAAGUGAAAGGUGUGUGGGGAAGGAUGUCAUGCUAUUAAGCGUGUCGAUUGCCGGGAGUACUGGAGAACGGGAGCCGUACGUGUAUCACUGCUCCUUAACGGUUCCGUGAAGGGCGGUUGUACGUGCUAGUUAGCUCGUAGCAGCCGGUUCAGGUCGUGAGCAUUCCCUGUUAGGGUUCGUAUUCGCCAGCCGUGUGGUCAUUCUUUCCCUCUAUCAUAGCAGGACCCUUGAGGAAAGGGUUCUUAAUGCUAGCGUGAAACUUGCCAGUCAUCUGAAGCUAAACGUUACAUUAGCGUGAGGGUGGACCCAGGUUGUGUUCUCUGUAAUCCCCGAAGUGUGUGAAUCACAUGUUUACGUGGGUGUGAAAAAAAUUCAAGCACAACGAAGGCGACCGUCUUUGCACGACCAAGUGUUUUGCCGAAGUGGAGAAUCCAGGGUUUUGGCAUUGGACCUUUUCUCUCAAGGAUAAACAUGGAGGAACGCUUACAGAAACAGAUCGAAAUUUGGAGAGGUUUUGGUCAAAACAAAUGCGUUUUAUAACUCCACGCCUCUGAAAAUUGGGCACAAGAUAUGCGGGCUGCGGUAGAUUGUUUGUUUUUUAGAUUAGCCGAUUUUCGUCAACCACGAUCAGCAAUGAGUGGAUUUCUUGUUGAACCGUUCACCUGAAUUGGUUGACCUGAAUUACAUUCGACUUGAAGAGUGUAGCACCCGGGGUCUUGAUUCUAGAAAAUACUCUUUUUGUUUGGCACCUCUAGUUUUCCAGAUUGUUUGUUCGUAUCUCUGUGGGUCCUGAACUUUGCUCAUAAUCUUGGGGCAUUUCCGAUCGUGAGCCUUGUGUGGCGGAUACAUUUUUGUGCUCACAAUUUGUGUAUCCGGCUCAUCUCGAAAAUUGGCUCCUUGUCUUCUUAUGCGGUCAAUUAGUCCUUCAAUUUGAUGAAUGGCAGCCCAUGGAUCAUCCGUAGGCCGAUCUUGGGUUUCUGCCCUCUCGAAUGAUAAUGGGGUGAUCGGAGGGGAAGCCGGUGGCGUUGACCGCAGGGAGUUAAGGGUGGGAUUUCCUCCUAUUGAUUUGCAAACCCCGGAUACUGGAAGCAAUGCUUCACACAAUAGCCCUCGAAUUACAGUCGCAUGUUUACCUUGUGAGGAUGAGUUCAUAGACACUGUACAGCUUAGGGUGGAGGAUGAUAAGACACAUAAGCUAACUCUCGAGUCGGCAGAGAUUAGCCGUGUUUGCUUUUCAACGUCGUCACCACCACGCUCUCCAUGCGCUUUGGGUUCGGCAGCGAGUUGCUCUUUGUCUUGUGGAGAAUCGUCAACGAUCAACGAAGUGGAGGGGUGUGAUGGACUACCGUCGGAUUUCGAUCCUCUUGGUGGACCAUUUUCUCUUCAGGGUACGGAAAUGGAGGUGGGAUGCGAAGCUAUAGCGGCUCGUUUGAGCGUUAGCAGGUUGAAGCAGAAGCUGGAUGACGUUGCGGAAACUUUUGCUCUGCAGGGUAGUACGAUUCAAUUUCGGGACUUUUUGCAAGGGGAAUCGAAUAUUGAAGCUCUAUUUGGCUCGGGAUCCCUGUUUCCAUCACCUCCUAGUAGUAUGGAAGGGUUACCUGUUCGAGGUGCAAAUGAAGGUUUAGAUGCGAGUCUUCUGCAUGCAGAGACGCCAGAAAUGUUGCAGGCUAUUCGAGCUGGGAAUAUGAGAAUAGGAGCCGAGUUUGCAGGAGAUCACGGUCCUUUUGGAGAUUCUCAGCAAGGACCAGUCUCUGUGCAUCCUAGAACAGAUUUAUUCCGUCUGCGCUUUCCGGAAAAGACUCCCGACAAGCUGUAUCGCAAGCGUGCCAAAACUUAUCCUCCCAGCUACACCUUACGACAGCAAAGAAAUAUACGAGCUUCAGGACCUUUGGGAGGGAAUUCUGCAAUAAUGUCACUGGGGGCUCCCUUAGAGCUUGAUUCUCAAGGUUUACCACCUUCUUUACCACCAACAGAUGCGCCUUCAGGACAAGGUGAUGAAGACCCUAUGGACUCAGAUCUUGUUGGGGGUGAUGAAGAUGAUGGAGGCCGUCAGCACAACUUAGUGGAUGCAGAGGAUGGUGAGGCUCGCAUGGACCUUACGGAUGAUCUCCUGCACAAAGUCUUUUCAUUUCUGAAAGAUGUUGAUUUAUGCCAAGCCGCAAAAGUAUGUAGACAAUGGCGAGUUGCGAGUGCCCAUGAAGAUUUUUGGAAGUCGUUAAACUUUGAAAGUCGUCAAGUUACUCACCAACAAGUUACGGUGCUGUGUGCUAGAUACCCGAAGGCAACAGAAUUGAAUUUGAAGGGAUGCCCUUGUGUUGAUGAGGUUGUUGUACAACAAGCAAUGCUGUCGCUCCGCAACUUGGAGGUUUUGACGUUGGGGCGAGGAUUUUUUAGUGAUGGAUUUUUCUAUCUACUCUCCGGAUGUGAGUCUUUGCAAAAUUUGAGCAUUACUGAUGCAACUUUGGGAAGUGGUGGUGCUCAAGAGAUUCAACUUAAGCACGAAUCACUGCGCUCCUUACAAAUUUUGAAAUGCCGUGUGCUUCGGAUAGCCAUAAGGUGUCUUUUUUUGGAGACAUUAUCUCUGAAACGGACAGGGAUGGCAUCUGCAAUGCUUUAUUGUCCCCGUCUUCUUAAGCUCGACGUAUCAUCUUGCCAUAAGCUUUCUGAUGCUGGAGUGCGUGCUGCUGCUACGGCUUGUCCGCUUCUUACAUACUUGGAUAUUUCCAACUGCUCGUAUGUCAGUGAUGAGACUUUGAGGGAGAUAUCUCUUGCCUGCACUCACCUUCGUAGCUUGGAUGCCUCCUACUGCCCCAAUAUAUCGCUCGAGGGCGUUCGGAUGCCUGUGCUUACAGAUUUGAAGUUGGUUAAUUGCGAGGGUAUCAACUCGUCAUCCAUGGCUGCGCUUUCUUUUUGUGUGAUGCUGGAGGUACUUGCUAUGGACUAUUGUUGGCUGUUAACUUCAGUCACGUUGGAUUUACCGCGUCUUCGAAGCAUCAGUAUCGGGCACAAUCGCAAAUUUGGGGAGCUUACGUUGCGAAGUCCUGCGCUCACGUUGCUGAAUCUCAGCCAUUGUCCUGCCCUGAGUCGGAUUGAUAUUGCAUCCAGCAGUUUCGAGAAAUUGUGUUUGAAAAAUCAAAUGGGACUCUCCAGUUUGGCUUUACAAUGUCCUUGGCUUCGUGAGGUGGAUCUUACCGAUUGUGAGUCUUUGACCGACUCAGUAUGUGAUGUUUUCGGCGACGGAGGCGGCUGUCCAAAGCUCGAUUUGCUCACUUUGGAUAACUGUGAUGGUCUUGUGAAAGUGAAGCUGAUGGCUUCAUCCCUGCGUGCUCUUUCACUUGUGGGUUGCCGGAAUAUGAUCUCGCUUGAGCUGUCUUGCCCUAUCCUGCAGAGUCUACAGUUGGAUGGCCGCAACCGCCUUGUUGCUGCUUCUUUUUCUCCUGUAGGAUUGGUUUCUUUGAACCUGGGGAUAUGCCCACAUUUGACAACACUUGAGAUAGAAGCAGCUCAAAUGAUUACACUUGAUUUGCGAGGAUGUGGUGGCCUCUCUCAAGCCUCCAUUCGAUGCUCUAACCUGUCAUCGUUGGAUGCUUCUUACUGCAGUCGCCUUGGAGACGACUGCCUGGCCGCAACAACUGCAUCAUGUUCUGCCAUUCAAACUUUGGUCUUGGCUGCGUGCCCAAAAGUUGGGCCGGCUGGGUUAUUGGCUCUUAAAAAGCUCCCUCGCCUCACAAUGCUGGAUCUGUCAUAUACAUUCCUCACGGAUUUGUCUCCUGUAUUUGAGGCCUGUCCUUACCUGAAGGUAUUGCGAUUGUCUGCAUGCAAAUAUCUUGGAGACACUGCGCUUAAUGCAUUGCAUGGAGGCAAAGUUUUACCGCAAUUGCAGGAGUUGGACAUGUCCUAUGGAAGUCUGGGCCGUGCUGCUAUUGAAGGAGUCUUAGCAUUGUGUCCCCACCUAACGCAAGUCAGUUUGAACGGUUGUCUUCAUGUAACGGAUCAAUUGUGGAGCCGGCUCGCUACCCCUCCCUUCCCCAUUGAACUCAUGGCUUCAGAAGAUACAGGAAUGGAGGAUGUUAGCUCCUCUGAUGUUGUGGAAUUUGAGCGAAGUCAAAUGGAUUCUAAUCCUCAUCACUUCGACAUCCUCUGUGAAGACGUACAAGAGGUUACGUCCCACAAAAAGGAGAUGAUGGAGGAAGAUUGGCAAAUUGUAGCUACUCAAGAUCAUCAAGCACGAGAUUGCAAUCUGACUGUCAAUCCAAUAUCUAGCUCAGCUCUAGUAGGGUUUUAUGGGCCAGAAAAUGAAUAUUCGGCCGUUGAGAAUCAGUGGGUCUCUGAAUAUGGUGGUUCUUUUCCGCAGACCUUAGCGCUGAUGACUGGACCAGCUCGUUUACUCCAGACUUUAAACUGUGUUGGCUGCCCUAAUAUUCAGACUGUAGUUAUCCAGCAGGAUGUCGCAUGCCUUCAUCUCACCACACUGAACCUCUCACUUUCCGGUAACAUUCGGGAGGUUCGCCUCGGUUGUAAGAACCUGACAACCCUUAAUUUGAGUCAAUGUUCAGCACUUGUGGUACUCCAGCUCAACUGCCCUCGUCUUAUUACGCUUUCUCUCCAGUCCUGUGGAAUUGCAGCAGAGAUGCUUGAGGAUGCUCUCCGGGGUUGCAGUUUACUGGAGACCCUUGAUGUUCGGCACUGUACGAAGGUGUCUGCGAGCGUCCUGGCUCGCAUACGGUGUAUCUGCCCAGGGCUUAAACGGUUGUACAGCACUUCAUCUGCAUGACAGAAGCCUCAAGGGUUCCCCUGUAAGAUCAAUGAGAUCACAUCCAUUGUAAUUUAGCCAACUUGCACCCUCUGAAAAAUACCCAAGGGUUUCGCAUGACGUUCUUUAACUAUACAUUGGAGUUUUUUUUUGUGUUGAAUAUUGUCCAUCGGAAAUUGUUGAAAUCCGAAGAUUACUCAGUCCUGUAUUUUGUGCUAUCUGGUCUUGACAAUGCAACCAGUUAUUUUAUUCAGUUGCCUUGUCGCUCCAGUGGUUGGUGGGUUAGAUGAGGGGAUUUUAUGAUUGUUCUCACGGUUACUACUAUCAGUAGUCUAAUUGGCAUUCGUGUAUUUCUAUUUGUCAAAUCAUACCACUAGAUUCUUCUUCAACUCUUCUGAGACCUGAAGCCCUACAGUUGAGAAGCCUACCUCAAGUGGAAUCUAAUAGCCGUACAGGGAUUAGAUUAUUCUGUUUUUUUCUUUUUUCUUUUUUCUUUUGUACCUCCUUGCAAAUAUGGGAAGAGGUGAAGCGAUUUGAUUAUUCUGGA